CCCAAAGUGGCGUUCCGAGGCGGCAGCUGCUGCUGGAGCGGUGCGGAAGCCGGCGGGAGGCUGACUGAUGCCUUCAGCAGCAUCAUGACAGGCUCUGCCUCCCUCUAUGGUUGCUACAAAUCACAGAAUGAAGAGAAUGUAGAGGUGCCUCAGACCUACGCUUCUUCCCUUUCCGCAUCAGAGUUCUCUGCCCCUGUGGACACUUCCCUUUUGUACACACCAUGGUCUACCUGUGGAGAUGACAGCAAGCAGCCUGCUGCUUCCCAGAUCAGCAUGAAGUCCAGGAUUCAGCCUGAGAGGAGUGAUUAUGGCAGUGAAACAGAUCUGUAUGGGCUGGUGUCAGACAUUCUGGAGGAGCAGGAGAAGCCGCAGCCGUAUUGUGCUGAGGGGUGCUACCCUUCUGACCUGAAAUCCAUCUGGCCUGGGAAUGCCACCAGAGUCCCAGACCACCACGAGCUGCUGCCAGAAACCAAAAGAGCAGCUGUUGGGGCAGCCUCCCCGCAGGGUUUUUAUGGUGGUGAAGCUGUCCCUGGUGCUGAGAAGCAGCACUUGCAGAGGGCAGAGGAGUGCUACCGCGGCCUCACCGCCGUCAGCCUGGAGGAGCAGUGCCUGUACCCUGCCAGGAGCGAGCGUGCCGGCGGCUGCAGCCUGCAGGCCAGCGAGGGCAUGAGGACCAGCCCUGUGUAUCAGAACUAUCCCUACAUAAAGAGCACCUUUGCAUCCCAAGCUGGGUGCUCCGAAGUGAUCAAAGACUCGGGGGCUGAGGCUUUUUGUUAUGGAAGGGAGAAGCUGGGUCCCAAAGGAGUAGAUGCGCAGCUGCACCAAAAAUGGGCAGAAUCCUUCCUCCCACAGUUCCACAGAUACGGUGAGGGCACAGAUUACAGCAGGUACCCUGAGUACCCUCAUGCUGGCAAAGUCAAGCCUAACAAGAGCUCCAACUGCAGCCUCCAAGAAGCUAAAUUAGUGAAUGGAACCACUGAGGCACCAUCCCUGGACACAGAACCCUACACUAAAUUAUUUCAAGUUAAAUCUGGAACUCAGAAAAAGCCAGAGGAUAGAAUUUCUGAGCAGCAAAGCUUCCCUUUUCCCAAGGCUGCAGGGCUUCUACCAGAGAAACCAUUCCCAAAUGAAGCUUCAUUCUGCACUGAUGUGGGGCCAAAAUUUGAAUAUGGACUCAAAGCUUUCACUCCUUGUCCAGGGGCUGGUGACUGUGCAAAUGGUGUCGAGAAGCAGCUUUUUCCCAAGUCUGAUCUGCAGAAUUCAGAAUACUGCAAACCCCUUCCCCUGUUUGCAGGCACAGCAAACCCUGCAGCAGGUGCUAGCGUGCGGCCAACCUGGCUGAACACCCAAACCAAGUCUGCUGCCCCUGUCCCACUGCAGAACCCCAAUCCUCUGGUGAAACGGAAUCAUCAUUUCCCUGCUUUUCUAAAAGGUUCCGCUCAUUCCAAUGAUUUUUUCCAGCUCCCCUCUUCAAGUUUCCCUUUGAACAGCAGCUUGUUUCCCAAGCACUGCCAGGAGAACCCUUCCUUUGCCUCAAGCCUUGACUUGGGUUACAGUGCCGCAGAGCGAGCUCGCUCCGCUGCCGGCCUCGAAGUGCCAGUCAGGGCUGGAGAGGAGAACUUCCUGGAGUAUUUGAGUGAGAAGAAGCUAAAGCAGCCCAAUGGCUUCUGUGACAGCUUCUCAGCUCAGCAGUUUGGCAUCAUUGACAGCCUGAGCAAACACUGCUUCCAGAUGAAGCCACCGGGCGAGCGCCACGAGCUGGAGGGGCAGAAGCACGUGGACGGCUGGUUGCAGACCAUGUACCGAGAGCUGAUGGAGUCUCAGGGUCAGUUCCUCCUGGGGCAGGGGAAUGGGGACCCUCUGAGCUGCCUGCAGGCCCCCAGCUUUCCUGGCAGCUGCCUGAUGGGGGAUUUGAGGCGCAGCCAGCAGCCUGGCUCCGGCGCCUUCCCCUUGAGGUCCCCUCAUCUCUUCGGCCACUCUGUCCUUCCUCUGAUGGAGCCUCCUGACUUGUUCUCCCGUGAGGAUGUGAAGCACUUCUACCCUUACUUCAACAAGAAGAUGUGUGGUGAUGGUUCUGCUGCUGCCUUUGUCCCAGCAUUUGCAGUUCCAAGGCAAGUGAAAACCCGCUGUGGGCCUGCCAGUGAGCUCCAUGUCAGACUGGAAGAAUGUUACGAGCAGUGGAAAGCUUUGGAGAAAGAAAGAAAGAAGACUGAAUCAGCUCUUGGGAAGAAUUUCCAAGGGAAGAAGGUUUCCAGUGCUAACAACAUCCCAAUUCCAAGGCUGCCAUCAAACCCAUCGAGAGUUGAUCGCUUGAUUGUGGAUCAGUUGCGUGAACAAGCCAGAGUGGUGACUUUGCUGGGGAAGAUGGAGAGGCUGCGCAGCUCCCCCCUGCCUGCCGGCAUCGCCACGGCCCUGGACAAGCAUCUGGAGCUCAUCCACCUGCUGCAGGCUCGGCGGAAGGAGGAGAUUGUCAGCACUGCCAGUCGACAGAGGCCAGCAGCUCCCCGAGGCCAGGAUGACAGAGGUGUCCUUGCGCUGGCGCUGGCGGUGGGCGAGCUGAGCGCAGCCACACGCAGGACGCGCACCACGCUCUGGUGUGCCCUGCAGAUGACCUUACCCAAACCUGCCGCGGGCAAGGCAGCAGCAGCAGCAGCAGCAGCUCCUCAGCUGGAGGGGUGA